GAGACGGCUACCACAGUCGGUAGAGAAAGUUGCUGCAUUGAAAAUGAAAUGUGAAGAUUUGAAGGAUCAAAGUGAUCUACUUGUACCUGGUAUCUCAGAACAUCCAUUAAAAUAUGGAAAUGCGGAAUAUAUUCGAAUUCGUCGUUACACAUGUGUUGUCUGCGAUUCAAGAGUGGCCGAAUGUAAUUUGAAGAUGCACCACAAGGAGGUGCACCCCACAGAGCCACGCACGGACAUAUAUGAGCUGUGUGAUUUCGAAAACAAAAUUUACUGUUUGACUUGUGACAAGAUGGUACCACUUGGAUGUUUUGAGAGCCACAUGCAUUUGGUGCACAUGCCUAAUGUAUCAACCAUGUCCGUUGAAGUGAAAGUAUUCGAGUGUAAAUUGUGCCACGGGCAAGAUAUUCAAGAGGAAGGCUUGAAUGAGCAUCAUUUCAAUAUGCAUCAGGAUGUUCUCUUUGAUACAAAGAUGUUUCGAGAACAAAAACGGAAACGGGUUCAGUGCAUGAUUUGCAGACAACUGUUGGAGGAAAUACAUCAAGAGAACCACAUGCAGAUGCACCACGAAAUAGCGAUUGCAGUGAGUACGUCAACAAAUGGCAACCAAAAUAAUCCAUUGAAGGCGAACACUAGCAAAAAGUAUGAAUUGAUUGUGCUCAAACCAUUCAAUUGCAUGGUCUGUGGUGUAAGAAACCUUAGAGGGUACAACAGUAAUGAUUUCAAUCCAUCAAAUGAGACAUGUUCACCGGAUCUUUGUGCUACUUGCCGAAAAAAGCAGCCAUUGGAAAAGGAAAAGUUGCCAAAACCACCGUUCGAAAUGGUUGAUCAUGAUUUCGCUUUGGUACAUAAGGAAACUAUCAAAUAUUACCGAUGCAAACUCUGCCAUAGCAGUGGAAUCACUGAAGACCAGUUCAGCGAACACCAUUCCGAAAACCACGGCUUCGCUUAUUUAAUGUCUCAAAAUACUUUCCAAAUGAUCGAGGCCAAAGUGAAUGGGCAAUGUUCCGUUUGCAGUCAACGUUUCGAUGAAGAACAAUUCAUUGAACAUUUGCAACAAGUUCAUCUACAAGCAUUGGUAUCUUCAAAAAUCAACUCGUCAAACUCCGGCCGAUAUGUGACCUUAAAAGCCAGUUGUAUGGAUGAAUCAAUUUCAUCAGGAAGCGGUGAUUUAAUGAACAUCAGCGAUAUGCAGAAAAAGAGCAAUAAACACAACAACAAUUCGUGUAAAUCAAAGUUGAUGCCCAAAAAUGAGGUGAUGAAGGUCAUUCCGGGCAAGCAGAAGGCGUCUGCGCAAAAGGUCGUGAAUAUUGAACACAAGCCUCCAGCAAAAUUGUAUAGAUACGUCAUUUGCGGAGCUGACGGUAUCAAUGAGCGAAAUAUAGCAAAGCAUUGUACAAAAAUACAUUCAGAAAUUCCGGCAACCGAUCAAGAUUUUGUGCUGAGUACCAAAGGCCAAGAAGUAAAAUGCGAUGUUUGCCGUAUAACAAUGAAGGGUGGUCGUCUGGAAGAACACAUGCGUCGGUUUCAUCCAGUUGUUUUGAAGGUUGAAGAAGGAAGCUGCGAAUCUAAAGCUAAUGAACCAUUGCCAGUCCACCGAAGCUCGAACACAGUCAUCGUAAAACUGUACAACUUUCAAACUCCUUCAGUGGCCAGGCCAAAGCUGGUUCAUUGCUUCCAGACAACCAUCGUGGAGCUGUACAAAUGCAGAUAUUUUAGUGCAGAAGGUUUAUUAAAGGACCAACUCAUAAAUCAUUUCCGUCGAAGCCACAAGGCUGUCUUUGAAGUAGAUUACAGUAUAAGUGUCAUGUGUGAAAGGGUUCAGUGCCUGUGUGAAAGUCUAUUUUGCCCGAAUAAAUUCGCCGAGCAUAUGCGUCGAAGUCAUCCUUUGGUUCAGUACACGUGUGUCGGUCGAAAUGGAAAGUUGAUCAGCAGGCAUAUUGAGAAAAUGCCAGUUGUCCGUAUUGAUCCAGUCAGAAUGUUCAAGUGCAAUGCCUGCAAAGCUCCGAGCAUACUGGAAAAUCAUCUAGGCCGACACCGUUUGAAAUGUCCCAAAGAAAUGCUACCGAGUAACAUUACUUUUGAAUUGAUGGCCACCAAGGAGCAAUGCAAAGUGUGCCACAAUCGAUUUAAAGAAAAACAACUCGAUAACCACAUGAAAUUGAACCAUCCUCGACUCAAUGCUGUCAAAAUUGAGAAACUGCACAAAUGUGGCUUAUGCGAUGCAUGGUGUAUGGAACGCAGCUUCAAGGAACAUCACGCCAAAAAUCAUAGCCACAUCCCAUUCGCUAACAACCGCUUAAAAUAUGGAAAAAUUAAACAAAAGUUCUCGUGUGAAUUUUGCGGAAGACGAAUUUGUGGUGGACGUAAAAAGAAACAUCAUCUGAAAGCUUGCCUGCAGUAUGUCAACAAGAAGAAAAUACGGCAAAAAGAAAUCCAUUCGAAUGAUGGUCAAUCAGCACCAUCUAAGCUCAGCACAUGA